AACAAUGUGAAGGCAGUAAUAAUGUCGAGAUUCCUUGCAGCUUGAGAGCCCUUCUUGUUUCCCUACCUCAUCGGUGAAGUUCAGAAUCCGAUUAAACUUCAUCCUCAAUUGUUCGUGAUCCACAAGUCAGGAAAAGAGGUCUUGAUAAGCAAGCACUUUCAGUUACCUCGCCCAAGAAGUGUUCUUUUCUUCAUAGCUCGAAACAACCAAGCAUCUUAACCCUCUCCCAAUGGCCCAACAAUACCUGAUCUACAUGCAUCUGAUACGAAAAGGAAACCACUAUUACUCCCAGUAUCUUCCCCUGUUCUUGCUCCAAUUCAGGAGCAGGCACCAACAAUGGGCUGCUCCUCAUCGAAGCUGGACGAGGAGGCGGCCGUGAAGACCUGCCACGACCGCAAGAGCUUCGUCAAGAAGGCGAUCGCGCAGCGGGGCCUCCUGGCCUCCUCCCACGUCGCCUACGUCCAGUCGCUCCGCCGCGUCUCCAUGGCCCUCUUCUACUACUUCGCCGAGGACGAGCACCUCUACUUCCUGCAGGAGCAGUCGUCAUGCCUGCACCACCCGAGCUCGCCUGAGAAGGUUCUCGUCAUCAACUGCCUGAGGCCGGUGGGGGCUCCGGUGCACCCGGUGGUGGAGCAGUGGGACCCCGAAGCCGUCGAGACCGCCACGAUCGACCGAUUCUUCGGGCUGGAUCACCAGUUCGUCCGUCCUUCAUCGGUUGAUCCGAUGAAUGACGCAUCGUUAUCGCCGCAGCCGUCAAGAUGGGACCGCUCUUGGGACCCUUUCUCUUUGCCAACCGUUCAUCACCUGUAUACGGAUUACGGCAUAGAAGGCAUAAAGGUUGGUCAGGAAGACGAGCAGGUACCGGAGCUGGAGGAGGAGAGCGAUGACGACUAUGGCGAUGAUCACCCAGAAGGCGAAACAGAGGAGGAGGAGGAGGAAGAAGAAGAAGAAGAGAAGGGCGAACAGGCGGAUGCAGCGGCACCGGAGGUGGCGCCGCCAAAGGAGGAGGAGAGAAAGGUGGAUCAUGUGAACAAUGAGCUGCGAGUGGUGGCCAGUGCUGAUGUGGAGCAGCGUGGCACCCCCGGCUUCACCGUGUACGUCGACCGGCCGCCGACGAGCAUGGCGGAGGCCAUGCGGGACAUCCAGGGCCAUUUCAUGAAGAUCGUUGACACGGCCAGUGAGGUGUCCGUGUUGCUGGAGGUCGUCCCCUACCAUAGGAGAGUUCAACCACCAGCCCCGAGGGACGACGGCGAGGAGCAGGGCGCCCCCGAGAUCCCGCCGGAGCCGUUCGAGCUGUUCCAGAGCCACAAGGAGAGCCUUGACAGGCUCUACGAGUGGGAGAAGAGGCUGUACGAGGAAGUCAGGGCAGGGGAGCGAGUCCGUCUGGCGUACGAGAAGAAGUGCGCGCUGCUGAGGAGCCAGGACGCCAAUGGCGCCGAGCCGUUCGCCAUCGAGAAGACGAGGGCGGCCAUCAGGGACCUACGGACAAAGCUGGACAUCUCCUUCACCUCCGUCGACGCCGUGUCGAAGCGGAUCACCGCGGUGCGCGACGACGAGCUCCUGCCGCAGCUCAUGCAGCUCGUCCGAGGAAUUUCCGUUUCCCUUUUGUUCGUUGAUCAGGUUGGCAAGGAUGUGGAGGGUGAUCGCCGACGCGCACAGAGUGAUGAAGCGCACGGCCGACGAGGCGACCGCGCUGCUCACGUCCUCUGCCGCCGCCGCCGCCGCCCGGCCGGCUCUGGUAGGCGACGGAGGUAUCAGGGGCCCGCCGCCGCCUCCGAGCUCGACGCGUGCGGCCGCCGGCGCGGCCGCGCUCGGCGCGGAGCUCCGUGGCUGGCGCGCGGCGCUGGAGGCCUGGGCCGAGUCGCAGCGCUCGUCCGCGGCCGCGCUCUGGAGCUGGGCGCGGAGCUGCGUCAAGGAUGGCGAGGACAUGCCGCGCCUGAUCGUGGGCUGGGCGCGCGCGGUGGAGUCCGUGGACGUGGACGCGGCGACCAGGGCCGUGGACGCCGUCGCGGCGGAGGCGGCCGCCAUCGCUUCGGCCGCGAAACGACAGCGCGGCGGCGAGGAGUGGUUCAACGAGGAAGAGGCCAAGAAGAAGGUCUGCCUCGGGCUCACCACCGCGCUGGCGGCCAUCGCCGAGGCCGGCGGCCUGGCCGUCGCGGCGUACGACGAGCUGCUGCUGGAGAUGGAGAUGGAAGCGAGGGGGGAACGGGAGAGAGAGAUGGCCGGAAGGGACGACGAAUCGAUCCAAAACUAAAACCUGCGGUUGUGAACCUGCAAGCCGUGCAAAUCAUCUGCAAUACUGUAACUGUACAUGUAUGCGUACAGAUAUCACCAUUUGUAAAUCACCAUUACUAGAAGAAUUCGAAGCCUGCUAAUUAGAGCUAGUUUUACUGUGAUGCCACAUGCCAGAGAACUCUGGUCACUUACCUGAACUUCCAUGGAUGUGCCUCUCUGUUCAUCAGAUGAAACAGAAGGCAACAUGGUGA